UGCUCCUCUCGGUUCUACUCUCGGUUCUCCUCCCGGUUCUCCUCUCCGUGCUCCUCUCCACGCCGUGAUUUCUCCUUCUCUCCUUCUCGCGGUCACGCAGCGGCGGCGCUUCACCUGCGCACACUGUGGGCGGCCCACUCCGGGACUGGGAGGGAUUUAACUCCCGCUGUCACCUCCUCAUGCAGGAGGAAACUUAACGCAGUCAGUCAGUGAGUGAGUGAGUGUGACUGAGGGCGGAGCGGAGGAGCAGCGGAGGAACACCGAGCCGCUCCGCAACUUCAAACCCAGACGACGAGCCGAAGUUUCCGGGCUUUUUUUUCUUCUGGAGGACUAAUCUGGAGCUGCGUGUGGAUUUUUGCCUCCCCCUCUCCCCCGUCACCUCACCCUUGUCCGCUGCCUGAGAAGAGAAUGACGAGAGAUCACGGCGACGGUUCCGCAGCGCGCUGCUCCUGCUGCUCCUCUCCGCUCAGGGAGGCGCUGCUGGCGGCGGCGGCGCUCGUCCUCCUCACGGCUCAAGGUGUCGUGGCCCAGAAGGUCCGGGUGGAGGAAGAGCUGGAGGCUUACCCCAACGAAUCGGUGGACCUGCGCUGUCAGUUCAUCGACGGAGGAGGACGAACCAAACUCACCCAGGUGUCGUGGAUCUGGGAACCGUCCGAUGGACAACGCGACAACAUCGCCGUCUACCACCCCAUAUAUGGACAGAGUUUCCCCAACGUGGCGUUCAAGGACCGGGUCGUUUUCCUGCACAACACCCUGGAGAACCCUUCCAUUCGAAUCUCUAACCUGAAAAUGUCCGACGCCGGCCGCUACACCUGCGAGUACGCCACCUACCCGUCGGGGAAUGAACAAGGGACGACGACUCUGGUCAUGCUGGCUAAACCCAAGAACUCGGCCCGGGUGGUCACGGUCCAGGCCGGCACCAAGUCGGUGGUGGUGGCCCAGUGCGAGGCGGUGGAUGGUAAACCCGCCGCCACCAUCAAGUGGCAGACGUCGCUGGGCGGGAACCAUUCCACCAGCACCACCAGCGGACCGGACGGCACGGUGACGGUGCGCAGCGAGUACCGACUGGUUCCCACGCCCACGGACAACGGCAGGGAGCUGAUGUGCAUGGUGGAGCAGCGGACGCAGGAGCGGCCGUGGGUCUACCCCGUCACGCUGUCCGUGGAGUACCCCCCCUCCGUGUCCAUAGAGGGCUACGACCACAACUGGUACGUGGGCCGCUCCGACGCCGUGCUCACGUGUCUGGCCAACGCCAACCCACCGCCCACCACCGUCACCUGGACCGCGGCGUCGGGUUUGUUGCCGGACACGGUGGUCGUGGACGGUAACAAGUUAGUGGUGAGGAAAGUGGACGACGCCGUCAACACCACCUUCAUCUGUGAGGUGAGGAACAAACACGGAGCCAGUCGAGAGCAGAUAACCACGGUCGUCAUCGAAGCCUUGGAGGAACCCGUCAGUCCCGGCGUGGUGGCCGGCGCUGUGAUUGGCUCCCUCCUGGCCCUGCUCUUGGUGGUCACUCUUAUCGCGGUGCUCCUGACCCGCGGGCGCCGUCAGCCCCGUCACGGCUACCCCAGCAGCGGCGACUCCAUCGCGACAGGCAGCGGCGGAAGCAACAGCGGAGACUACGGCAACAAGGCGCGUCUGCUGUUCGGCAACAAGAACGGCACCGGAGCCAACAACAACGGACCCGCCGUUUACGCCUACAGGGAGAGCUGCGAGGGUUCGGGCGCCUUGUCGGAAAAGUCCAACGACUUCCACCAUCAUCACCGCCCCCCCUCCGCCGGGAACCCUCCCUCCGCCCACGACAUCCUCCUCAGUGGGGACGUGGGUGAGGCCGAGAGGAGGAAGUUCCACAUGGACGACAGCAUGGAGGACGAGGAGGAGCAGUACGACAGGUUUGGAGGGGGCGGGGACAUUCUCCCGCCGGCCUAUCACAUGGGCAGAGGACAUGGAGAAGAGAUGGACGUGUACCUGGACGACGACAUGGAGUCUCAGAGGGACGGAUCUGUCAUUUCACGGACUGCCAUCUAUGUCUGAGGCGUCGGAGGGGGAGGAGCUGAGGUGGAGGAGGAACCCCGGGGUCGGAGGGAGGCUCCUUCUCCGCCCAAUCAGUCGACGUCGCCUCCAUCAGCUUCACGCCCACCUGCUCAGCAUCCAAUCAGACUUCACUGGUCUCUGCUGUGAUGGUGACAUUGUCAUUAACCAGAGGAAAGAGAAGAGAAACUCUGAUUCAAGGCCAACACCAGGUGGCGCUGUGACUGAUGCCUACCUGUAGAGUUGGAAGAAUGACAGAAGAAUAAAAAGAAUAAAAAAGAUAAACGGACAACGACAAACAAAAACCUGUUGACUCGCCGCUGCUGCUAACUGCUAACUGCUACGUUGUUGUGUCCUUCAGCUUAGCACUGACCGACCGACUGACCGACCAACCAACCGACCGACCGUAUCCUCUGUGUUUUUAUACCUGUAUGCUACCAUGCUAGGACGUUAUCACUUAUCUCCAGUAUUCAAGUACGGAGUAAAAAAAAAAA